AGCAUGCCGAGCGGCGGGCAGGGCGGACAGCCAAUGGGAGGUAGGGGCGGGCAGUAGCCGGAGUAUAUAAGGAGCCGCCCCACGCGGGAGAGCAGCAGACACUUGAGCGAUUGCAGUAGCUUUCAGGGGAGCGCUACAACCAGCACAGCAGCUAAAAUGUGUGACAAACCAGACCUCUCUGAAGUUGAGAAAUUUGACAAGAAGAAGCUGAAAAAGACCAACACGGAGGAGAAGAACACACUCCCUUCGAAGGAGACCAUCGAGCAGGAGAAGGAAUGCGUGAAGUCUUCAUAGAGGGAGAUGGCAUGGCAGGAAGAGCCACCACUUAAUUUUUUUGCUUUGAAUUAAAUCAUCUGUUUUUUUUAAUUACAUCUACCUGUAUAGAAAAAUGCUGCAACUUCUAACCUUGUUGUCCCACUGUGCCAGCUGCUUUGGCAGGUGGAGGAAUGAAGUAUGGUCCUUUCAGAAUCCAUCAGUAGCCUGACCCAACCCCACCUUUUCUGCUUGGCCACCUCCUGUUUACAGCACUGAUCUUGCUCUAAUGCAAUGAGGGAGGAGAAGAGGGAAGCAGAGUGCAUGGGAGCUCCUGGGUACAGAGACCCCUUCUGCUAUGUGGUGUGGGGGAGAGGGGGGUGAAAUUCUUCUGAUUUGGCCUUUGGCCUACUGACCUGGGUCUGUCUGGCAUAUUUGCUCACAAUGGGUGUUUCUGCAGCCUCACUCACAAUUUUUUGUCUUCCUUGAAAUAAAGUGAAAAGUUUAUUAUAAAAAUAAAAAAAAUAUAAUGAUAUA